AUGAGGCCUGAGAACCAGAGCAGCGUGUCCGAGUUCCUCCUCCUGGGGCUCCCCAUCCGGCCAGAGCAGCAGGGCGUGUUCUUUGCCCUGUUCCUGGGCGUGUACCUGACCACGGUGCUGGGGAACCUGCUAAUCUUCCUGCUCAUCAGGCUGGACUCUCGUCUCCAUACCCCCAUGUACUUCUUCCUCAAACACUUGGCCCUCACUGACGUCUCCUUUUCAUCUGUCAGCAUCCCUAAGAUGCUGAUGGACGCGCACACUGAGUAUGAAUCCAUCCCCUAUGCAGGGUGCAUAGCACAGAUGUAUUUUUUCAUAUUUUUUACUGACCUGGACAGCUUCCUUAUUACAUCAGUGGCAUAUGACCACUAUGUUGCUGUAUGUCACCCCCUUCACUACACCACCAUCAUGAGGGAGCAGAUGUGUGCCUUCCUACUGGCUGUGUCCUGAAUCCUCUCUGGUGCUAGCUCUCUUUCCCACACCCUCCUCCUGACCCAGUUAUCCUUCUGUGCUAACACUGUCCCCCAUUUCUUCUGUGACCUUAGUGCUCUACUCAUGUCCUGCUCAGACAUCUUCCUCAAUGAGUUGGUCAUGUUCACAGUAGGGGUGGUGGUCAUUACUCUGCCUUUCGUAGGUAUCCUAGUAUCUUAUGGGUACAUUGGGACCACCAUCCUGAGGGUCCCUUCAACCAAGGGGAUCUGCAAAGCAUUGUCCACGUGUGGCUCCCACUCUGUAGUGUCUCUGUAUUGUGGGUCAAUAUUUGGGCAGUACCUCUUCUCGACGUUAAGCAGUUUCAUUGACAGGGGCAUCACUGUGGCUCUCAUGUACACGGUGGUCACACCCAUGUUGAACCCCUUUAUCUACAGCCUUAGGAACAGGGACAUAAAAGGGGCCCUUGGGAAACUCUUCAGUAGAGCAACAUUUUUCUCACAAUGA